AUGAGCAACUUGGUACCAUCCGACGCUAGCGCUGAAGACUCCAAGUCUCAGUCCGAGUCGAUUUUAAACAAAAACCAGCGAAAGAACCAAAGGAGGAGAGAGACUUCGAAAGCUGCUAAGGCCAGUGGGCAGUCCAACGCAUCUGACGCUACAGAGGACACAAAAACGCUCACAGGAGUAGAACAGACUACAGGUGUAUCCACCUUACCAAUGGGCCGCCAACCAAUUGAGACGGCUAGCCCGAACCAGUUGUUGAAGACGUCUACUCCGGCCCACCGUGACGCUGCGAAGCAGAAAGUUGUUGAAGUAGCCACUGCUCAGGAGGCCGCAACCGCCCUUCCUGCCCAGAUGGCGCUACACUCCCUGCCUCAAGCCAGCAUCAAUGAAUUACGCAAUGCAGCAGCACAGAUUAACAUGCGACAAGGACAGGAACAAAAGAGACUAGACAAAGAGUUGAAACAACUGAAAGCGGUAUUUGAAGCCGAGAUACAGAUGCUCAAGGUUAAAGCAGAGGCAGACAGGGCAAAAGCAGAAGCAGACAGGGCAAAAGCAGAAGCAGACAGGGCAAAAGCAGAAGCAGACAGGGCAAAAGUAGAAGCAGACAGGGCAAAAGCAGAAGCAGACAGGGCAAAAGCAGAAGCAGACAGGGCAAAAGCAGAAGCAGACAGGGCAAAAGCAGAAGCAGACAGGGCCGAAUCCUGGGCUGAGAUAAAGACGCUGAAUGCUGAAGCAGAAGCAGACAGUGCCGAAAUCAGGGCCGAAAUAAAGAUGCUGAAGGCUAAAGUAGAAGUAAACAGUGCCGGGAUCAAGACGCUCGAGUCAAGAGUUGCGACGUUGGAGUCUGACAUGAAAAACAUUGAAGCCAGGCUGCGAGCCCACACCCGCGACAUCGACUCGGCGUUUGCGAUGUCAAAAGAUGUCCUUCAAUAUGUGGCUACUCAUGAUUCGUUUUGGAAAAACCGAAUUCGCCGCCGCGCCAUCGUCGUACAUGCACAGGAGGUCCUGGCACAAGCUCUCCUUUCAGAUUCUUCAUCCGACGAUAAGAAACCUCCACCGGGGUCACUGUGGAAGAAGAUACUUGACUCAAAAGUCAGCGAGACGGACACCAAGGGAAGAGUAGAACUUGUAAAAGAACUCUUAUCGACCUUUGCAAAUACGACAGACACCGCCGCUGUGACGAAGACCUUGAUCGACAAUCUGACGGCAAAUGACCUAGCUAUGAAAUGGAUCUCUGACGAUUUUGGUGAGCUCAGAAACCUUGGAAACGAGUCUGAUGCCCCGCAUCCCCAGUACAACAAAAUGGCCUGGCAGGAAGUUCUCGACGACAUGAACACUGAAAAACAGAUCAGUGAUGAUGAAAAGAUAAGUUUACGGCUCCUUGUGGAAGCAAUGACUCACAUCGAGAAUGAAUACCCCGCGCAGUCGCGUUGA